CAGAGGCGGGACGGCGUGUCCAGGUUCCUGUCGCUCGGAGUUUCCGUGGUCUGGCUGCGGGUGGAGGAAGGCGCCGAGCUGGGGCCUGGUAACGGGGGCGGACGGGGACGGACGGGGACGGACGGGGACAGCAGCUGAGGAGCAUUAAAGUCAGCCAAUUCGUGGCAGGUUAGCAGUUGAACGUGGGACCUGAAUGUUUGAAUGACUGCCCCUACUCUUCUGGCUUACAGAUGUUCUAGUUUUUGCAAGCUAACUAGGCACAAUGUCUGAUUGAAAUUUGUGCUCUGUGUGGCUCAGCUAUUCACUGACUGAACUUAUCCAGUGACCUCUCCCUGUUGUUUUGUAAAAUAGCCUAUCUGUGACUCAAGACGUUGCAGAAAUCAUGUCAUUGACAGCUGGAUUGAAAACUGACUUUGAGAGGCUGCUGUUGCGUUUUCAACAGACUGAAAGUGUGCGCUAUGAGGAAUUCUCUGCAAUCUGGAGGGACAUGAAGUUCUCCACUCUCUUUUAUGGAAAAAUGGGUAAAAAUGAUGGCAGAAAAUUUACCAGAGAGGCAUUGACCUUGGCAAGUCAGUACUUCUUCCCCCCAUAUAGUUUUCAGAUCCGGUUUGGGGGCUUAUACCUUCUUUAUGGACUUUACAAUACACAGCUUUGUCAGCCAAAAGAAAAGAUAAGGAUGGCACUAAAGGAUUGGGAUGAAGUGCUAAGUUGCCAAGAGGAAAUGGUGAAAGCGGAACAUUUUGAUGCUGUUUAUGUUCUGAAAAAACUUCUGCAUGACAAAGCCUUCCAUUUCACAGCAAUGCCAAUAUUGCUUGCUUACAAUAAGAAGAGAAGAAAAAUGCCCAAUAAUGCUGUUAAUGAUAACUUCCGAGAGAAGUCUAACCUGGUGUCCGAACUCAUUUCUGUUGAUGUUUUGGAGGAACUUAUGAAUAUCCAUGACCAUUAUCAAACAAUGAAACGUAUGAUCUCUGCAAACAAAACCCAGCUGGACAAAGCAUUAAGUUUAAUUCGAAGUGACUUUGUGUCUGAGUUAAAGAACAUAACGGUAGAAUUCCAGCAGUGGCAAGAGCAAAAGAAUGCAAACUUGACUGACCAAGCAGAAAUCUCUGGCUCUGAUGGUGAUGAAUUUAAAUAUCAAAAGGGGUCCAGUCGUGCACAGACCCUGGCAAAGAUAAAGUCAAAAUCGUACAAUUCCACAGUGAAGGCAUCUAGAUCAAGAAGGCAUCGACAAAUAAAAGUGGAUUCUUCAGAAUCUGGGUCUGACUGGGCACAAGUGAAGAAUUCCUCAAGAAAUAGGAACUCCUCAGUGAAAAAGCACGGCAGAGAUAAAGAUUCUCCACCAACCAAGAGGAGACGGCAGCAGCGUUGAAAUGGAUGUAAAAUAACUUGACCUGAUACAAGUAAUCCCGACAGCUCCAGUAUGUGAUCAAAAGUGAAAACCAAAUGGAUCAAAGCACCAAGCUUGUGAACAGUAACUACAAUACUGAAUCAGACACAAGUGCUAUUUUUACAUUUGGUGAAAAUAGAUGAAUACCAUUUCCUUGUGAUUUUAUACACUUGAGCAAUAAGUAGCAAAUUGCAAAAGAUCUCUUCUUUUUAUAAGCUGUGUAUAUUUUGUGUUUUGUUCUGUUUAAUAUUAAAUGUAGGAAGAUACGAUUUGACCUGUGUCUGAUUUCUGAUCAGGUCAGAUUUUCAUCAUUGGGAUGACAUUUUAGGAAAGUAUUACUCCUGUUGUUCUGUUACUGUAGCAUCAUACUUAUCAAUGCAUACCAGCUGGUUAGCAUGAGGCUUUUCGGAACUGUCUAGCUUUGUUUUUGGGAUAUUUCAAUCUCAUGUCUCCAAGCUAAUAUUUGAAAACUAAAAUGUUACUUGACUUAA